AAGCUGUUUGGGGUUGAAUCAACAAGCUCUUCGCAUUCCGGUAAGCUCUGCUUUGAGUUUUUGGAUGAUUUCUUUGUUUCAAUGGAUGAUUUUAUUUACAAAAUUACGGAAGGUCCAUUGAGUAGCGGUUUACUUUCCUCUUAAAUUGGUGAUCUUUUUCUUCUUCUUCUUCUUCUUCUUCUGCUACUUCUCCUUCUCCUUCUCCUUCUCCUUCUUCUUCUUCUUUCUUUGCGUCAGAUUUUGGAUGUUGUUUUGUAAUGCAUGCUUAGAGUUGCACGGGUUUAAGGUUCCAAUGCAAAAAUUAGAUGUUUUCAUGCAAUGAAAACUGAAUUUGGAUCUCCAAGAUUACUAUCUCUUGAAGAUUUUAAGGAGCCUUGUAAUGGAUAUCUUGUUGGAGACACAUGUUUUUUUGGAGUACAGGUGUUAGUUCAAUACUAUGUUGAAAAUCUAGAAUGUUUGUCAACGUCUAAGGUUGAAGGAAAAGCCUUCUGCUGGAAAAUUCAAAACUUCUCUAAGCAAAAUGAGGAAAUGAUUGAAUCUGAGAGUUUUAUUUCCGAAGGACUUGAAUGGGUUGUGUACCUAUAUCCAAGAGGAAAUCCAAAGACAGAUUCUAGAGGACAUUUAUCAAUGUAUUUGAAGUUAAAGGAUGGCACUGCUGAGAGUGAACUAGCCUGUGCUCGGUGUUCGCUGGUAAUAAAGGACCAGUACUAUGACAACCAUCUGUCCUUUACAGGUAUUGCAAGUGGCUCUAGCUUCAAAUAUGGAUGGGGUUCCUCUAAGAUCAUAUCCCUAAGUGAGCUUCGGAACUAUUCUAAUUAUUUUCUUAUAGAUGAUACGCUAGUAAUUGAAGCUAAGGUGGAAGCUAUUUCCAAAUUCCAGAAAAGUGUGGACUAUGGUGCGAGUAUUUAAGGCAGCUAUAUAACAUUGAUGACAACAGUCUGUACUGUUAGAUAAAAGUUCACUUAUAAG